CCUGGGUCGACUUUAUGUUUUACGUAGCAUUCCCUUUAACCUUUUUCUUUUGGCUUUGACAAGAUGCAUGCAUGCAUGCGCGACGCAAAUAAGAUGGAACGCCAACCCUUGAAACUAGCUACACUCUUGUUUCAGUGCCCUGGAUCCAGUACGUACCUUGAGUGAUUGGAGCGGUAUGUCUGAUAUCUGGAGCGUUGUGCGAUGGUGGGACGAUUGGCAGCUGCGCAUCCUGGUGCUGGGCAGCCUGGGCCUGCAGUGGUUCCUCCUGCUGGCCGCGCCCAUGCGCAAGUACACCAUCCCGCGCGUCUUCCGGACGUGCAUCUGGCUCGCCUACAUCUCCAGCGACGCGCUGGCCAUCUACGCGCUCGCCGCCCUCUUCAACCGCCACGCCAGGGGCAGCAACUGCGGCGGUGUCGAGCAGUCGCGCGCCCUCGAGGUCCUCUGGGCCCCCGUCCUCCUCAUCCACCUCGGCGGCCAGCAGGAGAUGACCGGCUACGAGAUCGAGGAUAAUGAGUUGUGGACGAGGCACACCGUGACCCUGGUGUCCCAGGUCGCAGUCGCCCUCUACGCCUUCUGCAAGUCGUGGCGCAGCUCCAGUGACUGGAAGAUACUGGCGGCGGCGGUCCUUCUAUUCGUCGUCGGCGUCCUCAGCUUCAGCGAGAAGCCGUUGGCCCUCAACAGGGCCAAGAUCAAGAGGCUGGCGGCUGUGUCGGCCUGGGUGCAAGGGACAAAGAAGCCUUCCAAAUGGAGGAAGCGCGUCAACCAGUUCUUCUUGUUCGAGGAGAGCAACUGCUUCACCGGGAUGCCCCCACAAAGCAGUGGCGGUGGUGGAGAAGAAGGAGCCGGCGGGAAGAAGGAGCAAAAACCACCGGUGGUGGCCCUGACGGAGGCAGACAAGGUCUUGAUGGUACUUUCGGACAUGUCACUGCUAGCUGCUGCCAAGGACCUGGUGUCACGAAACAAGGCUAGCAAGGUGGAGGAUGUUCUGCCGCCUCUACCUGUCGCCGAGAAGGCCUUGCCGCGCUGGCUGCGCAGUGCAUUCGCCUUCAUCUACACCAGAGCUACCGUAGUUGUCACUCCUCUCUACCUGCUCUACCACCUGCUGGUGGUCCCUGUCCUGCACAUGGCCGCCCUGGCGCUAUUCGCGGCAAGCGACAAGCACCCGUAUCGGCGCGCCGACGUGAAGAUAACCUACAUCAUCUUGUGCCUCACCGCGGCGCUGGAUGUCCUGGCGGUGUUCAUCCGGCAGCUGCUGUACCGGCUCAUGUUCAUGACAAAGGUCCCAGCCCUGUGCGAGACGGUACCCGGCUAUAACCUCGUCGAUGCGGCGCUUCGGGAAGGUGACAAGAGCAUCGGGUGGAUAUACAAGUGUGCUAGGCGCAUGGGCUUCAACUGCAAGGGGGGAUGUCUUUCUUGCAGGCCUCAACUUGGUCAGCUGUACAAAAAGGUGGCACAAACCGUGAUCGCAGAUCUGGUGGAUGCUCAAGACCGCGACCUUGCCAGUUACAGGAUCUUGGAUUCCAACAACUGGGCUCUGAAUGAGGAGCUGCAAGGACACUGUGGCGAGGAGAUGAAAGAAAGCUUGCGCGUCUCGUUCGACCGGAGUGUCCUCCUAUGGCACAUGGCCUCCGAUCUUUGCUUCCGCUGCAUUGACGGUGCCACAUUGGUCGAUGAUGAUGGUAGACAGGAAGGAGAAAGAGGAGGAGGAGCAGAAGAAAAAGGUGAAGGAGUAGAAGAAGAAGAAGAAGAA